AGAGCACUGCGUGGUUGAAUGUGAGCGCCAUCGACCUGUCUCUACUUCCAGAUCGAAGAUGGCGGUCUCUGUGUUCCGCGGCGUGCGGCUCCUCUCUAUCGGAGAUGCGAAUGGAGACAUACAGCGGCAUUCAGAGCAGCAGCCGCUGCGGCUAGAGGUGAAAACCUCACCAGAUGCUGCCCUCAUCAAUCUCUCCAAUGGAGAGGAGACGAGUGUGUUCAAAUGUUCAGUUUCACGUGACACAGAGUGCAGCCGCGUGGGGAAGCAGUCAUUCAUCAUCACCUUAGGCUGCAACAGCGUCCUCCUGCAGUUCUCUUCGCCCGCAGACUUUCAGUCCUUCUAUAACCUUCUGAAGAACUGUCGGGGGCAUGCUGGCGAGUGCUCCGUCUUCAGUGAAAGAACAGAGGAGUCCUCUGCUGUACAGUAUUUCCAGUUUUACGGCUACCUCUCCCAGCAACAGAACAUGAUGCAGGACUAUGUUCGGACAGGGACGUACCAACGGGCUAUUCUCCAGAACCACACUGACUUUAAGGACAAGGUGGUACUGGAUGUGGGAUGUGGAUCAGGAAUCCUCUCUUUCUUUGCUGCCCAAGCUGGAGCCAGGAAGGUGUACGCAGUGGAGGCCAGCACCAUGGCACAGCAUGCUGAGGUUCUAGUGAACAGCAACCGUCUAAGUGAACGUGUGGUCGUCAUCCCUGGGAAGGUGGAGGAGGUGUCUCUGUCUGAGCAAGUCGACAUCAUUAUUUCAGAGCCCAUGGGCUACAUGCUGUUCAACGAGCGGAUGCUGGAGAGCUACCUGCAUGCCAAAAAGUUCCUCAAACCCAACGGUAAAAUGUUCCCCACUAUCGGAGACGUCCACCUGGCUCCCUUCACGGAUGAGCAGCUCUACAUGGAGCAGUUCACCAAGGCCAACUUCUGGUAUCAGCCCUCCUUCCACGGUGUAGACCUCUCUGCUCUCAGAGGAGCUGCAGUGGACGAGUACUUCCGCCAGCCAAUUGUGGACACGUUUGAUAUCCGCAUUCUGAUGGCCAAGUCAGUUAAAUACACGGUGAACUUCUUGGAGGCCAAAGAGGAGGAUCUCUAUAGGAUAGAGAUUCCUUUUAAGUUCCACAUGAUGCACUCAGGCCUUGUGCAUGGCCUGGCCUUCUGGUUUGAUGUGGCGUUUAUGGGAUCAGUGAUGACAGUAUGGCUGUCCACGGCACCCACAGAGCCUCUCACCCAUUGGUACCAGGUUCGUUGCCUGCUGCAGUCUCCCCUCUUUGCUAAAGCUGGGGACACACUGUCCGGCACUGCGCUGCUGGUGGCCAACAAAAGACAAAGCUACGACAUCAGUAUUGUUGCCCAGGUGGACCAGACCGGAUCAAAGUCCAGCAACCUCCUGGACUUGAAGAACCCCUUUUUCAGGUACACAGGCACCACCCCCAACCCCCCUCCUGGCUCACACUACACCUCCCCAUCUGAGAACAUGUGGAACACUGGGGCAGCCUACAGUAUGAAUCAGGGGAUUGCUGUAUCAGGGAUGCCAGCAGCUUAUGACCUCAGCACAGUCAUUGGCAGUGGCCCAGCAGUGUCUCACAACAACCUCAUCCCUCUAGUGAACACAGGGAUUGUAAACCACACCCACUCGAGGAUGGGCUCCAUCAUGAGCACAGGAAUAGUUCAAGGAGCCACAACAGGCCAGUCAGGCCCCAGCAGCAGCGGUACUUACUAUCCCAUCACCAACCAGUUCACCAUGGGGGGCGCUGCCAUCUCCAUGGCUUCACCUAUGGUCAUCCCCAGCAACACCAUGCAUUAUGGCAGUUAAAAUGAAGAUCUUGUAAAGACAUAUUUGACCCUCGGCACCUCCCUGCAUGACAGGAACUUCCCCCUUAACCCUCAUGGACCCACCAUCCACAACCAAAACCAGAAAACCAAAACUAGGGCUGUGCUGGCAUUUCCCUGACCUUUUCACCGGCCUCUUUCCAGUUAAGUCCAUCACUAGACAAACAGAUGAACGCUUUGUAUCCGUCCACUCUAGUCUUGCUGAAGGCUGAAGCUUCCUUUUGGUUCUCCCAUUGGAUUUUUAGGAGCUUUUCAUCUCUAAGAAAGUUUUAAACACCUGUUGCUCCAUGUGUAUUGACUAUAAUUCAAGUCCAUCCACACACUGUUCCUUCUUCCUCUUUUUUUCUUAAGUGUCUUGACCCUUUAAGUGUUUGUCUUCACCCGAGUAUCAGCUGUUUGCUUGAAACCAGCAUCAUUCCGUUCUACCGCGCUCUACCCUGUACAGCAGGGACUCCCAACAACUCAUCUGUGGGCUUCUGUCUUCCUCUUCACAUUGUAGAUCCACGUUUAAAGGCCUGACCUCUCUUUCAAGGUGAAUAAAGUAGCACUCUUGUGUGCUAACCUUCCAGUCAGGUUCUCACUUUUAGGUUUGUUUUUCAAAGAAAACCACCACACUGAAGUACAUCUCAUGUAAAAUUUGAAACAUCAGCUUUUAGGAGACAUGCUGGUCACCUUCCAUGCUGACUGAUGGUAUCAUACUUGUGAUGAUUUGUGUCUGCGGUAAGUUUAAGGUCUAUGUGCUUAGGCAGAUGUUCAGUGUAUUUGAAGAAGCUGGCAGUGUAUUGCUAUACUGAUGUUACCACAGUUUAACAUGAAUCUGCUACAAAUGUUCCUCUUGAUUCACAAGCUAGGUAAUGUUAGGUAGUUUAUUUGUAUCAAAUUUAAAAUGUUUACCUUGAAAAAGUAGUUUUUAUAUAUCCACCCACAUAAUAUAACUUUAGGAAGGAAUACUCUCCAAGCUAUCUUUACAUGCACUCUUAACCAACAACAGCAGGGGGCAGUGUUGAACAGCUAUUUUCAUACUGACACAAACAGCAGAAAAUGGUCAUUCUGUCCUGUUUCUAAUUUUAAACUCUAAGACGAUGGGUUGUAAAGUUAGUGUGCUAAUGGUAACCAAAUGAUCUAGAAAGAAACCUUUGAAUAAAGGAAUAGAGACUGUGUUUUGGCUCCUUGCUGAACUGUGAUCACUGGCUCACCUGAUAAACUGCCUCCACUUAUGGUGAGUGUAGCUUUACAGGCUCAAGAUUUUUUGCAAUUUGCAGGUUUAAAGUAUGAUGAUUUACAAGUUGGCCAAUAUGUCACAUAGAGCUGCUAUUAAAUGGUCUGGCAGCCAUUUAGAUACAGGCAGCUGAGAGAUGCAGGAUAUUUAAAGAUUUUAUUCCGCUUAAAUACUCAACAUGGAAGGUGAUUAAAGUGACACUCUGCUGAAACAUUUAGUCAAGCCUAGAAGUGGGUUCAUAUAGCUUUCUGCUCCUCCAAGCAUCUCUGUGUGUUCUUGCCUGAGAGGAUGUAGCUUCAUCCUAGCUCUGUUUGAGGAAAAAGCUAGAAGAGCAACCCAGAAGGAAGCAAUCAACUGGAACCAUGGCAGAAAUGGCGGCUCCUCUCUCAUGCUUAUAUGUUUUCCUGCUUCAGAAUUUCCUGAGACUGUCAAAAUGACUUUUAUGUCCAGGCUUUGGAGACUGAGCUCCUCCAACCGCCUCCCUCCUCAUCCGUUCACUUACCUUUGACCAUCAGCAUAUCACUGUUGUAUACACAGCCUCCAUCCACAUCUACUUUUAUCAUUAAAGGAAGGAGAGAGACUGACACUUUUAUGCAUUACUUUUGGUGUCACAACUAUUGGAACUUGAUUUUGCAAGUUUUAGGAGAGCUUAGGAAAAUAUGUCUUAGUGGGAACUAUUUUUUUGGGAUUCUUUUUUUCUUUCACAAGAAAAUAAAAAAAUAAAUUAAAUGUGGAGAUGUUCCAACCCAUUCUGGAAUCCUGGAAUGUUGUAGUACUUUAGUUUGUUCUUUCCUCUUUGUAAUAUAGACUGUGAACACAGCAGAUGUUUUUCCAUGUGUGUGUGGUAGUUAGCCUAUAGUCAUACUGUCCCUUUCAUCGUGGUAUCAUGCUCUGUAUGCAGGUAAUGGCAUCCACUGUUGAUCAUGAAACAGUGUAAAGGAUUACUGUCAUUUGUGUGUGUUAACCAAUGAGAAAUAACAUCUUUGACGCUGUCUGACACUGACUUUUCUGCUCAAAGAACUGCUUUAAACAGUCCUAAAGGUGGCAGUGUUCACCCACUUCACACUGUUAUGGAAUUCUUCACUACUCUAACUACUGCCUGACACCAGAUCCAGCUGCAAAUCAACUGUAAGCUAUCAAAUAUUUAGUAACACAAACAAAUAUCACAUGACUCAAGGGUUCACAAAGCAAAUCAAAUCGGAGUAAGAAAGGAAGGGAUUCAAGUUACUUUGAACAUGGUUGGUACCAAAUGUGUUGAUUUGAGUUUGAGAAACUGCUGACUUGCUGGGAUUUUCACACACAACCAUCUCUGUCAAUGGAGAAUGGGCAGACUCAAAUAGACUGGUUACAACCAGGUUGUUUAACCCUAGAAAGUACUUUGACAGCCUCUGCACAUGCUGCGCCUGUUCCACAAACUGAGCCACCCAGCACACCCACAUGCAGAAGCAGAUUGGCAACAGCAGCAGAAGGCCAUACCAGGUGCAAAUCCUGUCAGCUAAAACAAGAAAGUCAUGAUACAGCCACACAGACUGGGCAGAACUGGACAAUAACAUUGAUAAAAUGUUUUCUGGUCUGAUGAGUCACAAUCUAAGCUGAAAUAGUGAGAUGGUAAAGCCAGACUUUGACAUGUUUAUACAGCAUGAAAUGCUCAGAUCUGUCCAACCAUGUGUUAACAGUUCAGACUAGUGGUGGUGCUAUAAUGAUGUGGGAAUAUGUUCUUGGCACACUUUGGAUGCCUUUGUACCAGUUUAGUAUUGUUUAAACAAAGCCAGCUUGGCUCAGAAUAAUGAUUGUUUGCACAAACAAAGAAUAUUACUUUGGUUUUAAGCACUCACAGCAUUCAAACAUUUAGUACAAGUAUAUAAACUUUAGAGGAAAUAAAGAUAAAGGAACUGUA